AUGUUUCCACGACUUAGUUUCGACCAUGCGUGGGUGAUUGCAUUAGGGCUUGUUAUGAAGGGAUCCCUCGUGUUCGCUGGGCCCUGCGAUAUCUACUCAUCCGGAGGUACACCCUGCGUCGCUGCGCAUAGCACCACUCGUGCAUUGUAUAGCUCAUUCAGUGGUGCACUGUAUCAAAUUAAACGCGGCUCUGAUGGUGCUACGACUACUAUCUCCCCACUUUCCGCAGGCGGUGUCGCGAAUGCUGCCGCUCAAGAUACCUUCUGUGCAAACACAACCUGCCUCAUCACCAUCAUUUAUGACCAGUCUGGCCACGGAAAUCACCUCACGCAGGCUCCACCGGGAGGCUUCAACGGCCCAGACACUAACGGAUACGAUAAUCUGGCGAGCGCCAUUGGUGCGCCUGUAACUCUGAAUGGUCAAAAAGCUUAUGGAGUCUUUAUCUCCCCCGGCACGGGUUACAGAAAUAACGCUGCCAGCGGCACAGCCACAGGCGACGCAGCAGAGGGCAUGUAUGCGGUGCUCGAUGGCACUCAUUACAAUGGUGAUUGCUGCUUUGAUUAUGGCAAUGCCGAAACCAGCAGCAGGGACACGGGCAACGGCCAUAUGGAGGCCAUCUACUUUGGUGACAACACCGUCUGGGGUACUGGGUCUGGAAGUGGACCAUGGGUCAUGGCAGAUCUUGAGAACGGCCUGUUCUCCGGGUCGAGCUCGGGAAACAACGCCGCUGACCCAUCUAUCAGCUACCGUUUCCUCAGUGCUAUCGUCAAGGGAGAAUCAAACCAAUGGGCAAUCCGCGGCGGAAACGCGGUCUCUGGCUCCCUGUCAACUUACUAUAGUGGUGCACGCCCGAGUGUAUCUGGCUAUAACCCGAUGAGCAAAGAAGGAGCCAUUAUUCUGGGUAUUGGCGGUGAUAAUAGCAACGGUGCCCAGGGUACAUUCUACGAGGGCGUAAUGACCUCUGGCUAUCCGUCUGAUGCGACAGAAAACUCGGUGCAGGCUAAUAUUGUUGCUGCCAAUUACGCCGCGGGUUCGCUGACUAGCGGUCCUGCACUGACGGUCGGUUCCUCAAUUUCGCUGCAAGCCACCACACCUGGCUACACGACACGCUACAUUGCAUACAACGGCACCACUGUUAACACUCAAGUUGUCUCGUCGUCCAGCUCUACAACCCUGAAACAGCAGGCUAGCUGGACAGUUCGCACAGGCCUUGGCAACAGCGCAUGCUUCUCAUUCGAAUCAGUUGAUACCCCCGGUAGCUAUAUCAGGCACUACGACUUUGGGCUCCUUCUUAACGCGAACGAUGGCACGAAACAGUUCUAUGAGGACGCCACGUUCUGCACGCAGUCUGGCCUCAACGGCCAAGGCAACUCGCUUCGGUCAUGGAGCUAUCCUACCCGCUACUUCCGACACUACAACAACGUGCUCUACGUCGCAAGCAAUGGAGGUGUCGAUACUUUCGAUGCUACCGCCUCAUUCAAUGAUGAUGUUAGUUGGGUGAUCAGCGCCGGCUGGGCCUGA